GGGAAGAGGAGGAGGGGGCAGACAGCGCCGGGCCCGGCCGAGGGCCCCACGCGCAUGCGCGCUGAUCGCGGCGCCCCCGCUCGGCUGUGCUCGGGCCGCGCUCGGCUAUUUCCGCCUCUUUGUUUUAAACUCCGGGCCGAGCCCUUUAAUUCCGAACCGACGCCCCCUCCCCCUCCCGUGUGUUUUUUUUUUUUUUUUAUAAAUUUUUUAUCCCCCCCCCCUUUUUUUUUUUUUUUUUCCUCCCCCCCCGUGGGGGGGAGGGGACGAGGGGCCGGUUUCUCUCCCCCUCCCCAUCCUCCUCCUCCUCCUCCUCCUCCUCCCCCUCCUCCUCCUCCUCCUCCUCCUCCUCCUCCUCCCGCUCGCUGCCGCGCCCGGGGAAGGUCGGAGGGGCAGGGGGACAGACGGACGGACAGACAGCGGGGAGCCCUCAGCACCCCCUCCUCGCCCACCCGGGAUCGGGCCCCGAGAGGACACCGGCAGACACCAAAGAUGCUAACAAGAAAGAUUAAGCUUUGGGACAUUAAUGCCCACAUAACCUGUCGCCUGUGCAAUGGAUACCUGAUUGAUGCUACCACUGUUACAGAAUGCUUACAUACGUUCUGUAGAAGCUGCCUAGUGAAAUAUUUGGAGGAAAACAACACCUGUCCGACUUGUAGAAUUGUUAUACAUCAGAGUCACCCAUUGCAGUAUAUUGGUCAUGACAGAACAAUGCAAGAUAUCGUUUACAAACUUGUGCCAGGCCUCCAAGAAGCGGAAAUGAAGAAACAAAGGGAGUUCUAUCACAAACUGGGCAUGGAAGUUCCAGGGGAUAUCAAAGGGGAGACAUGUUCUGCAAAACAACAUCUAGAUUCCCAUCGGAAUGGUGAAACUAAAACAGAUGAAAAUUCAAACAAAGAAACUUCUGAGGAAAAACAGGAAGAGGAUAAUGACUACCACCGAAGUGAUGAACAGGUAAGCAUCUGCUUGGAAUGCAAUAGCAGCAAAUUGCGUGGAUUGAAACGAAAAUGGAUCCGCUGUUCAGCACAAGCAACUGUCCUGCAUCUAAAGAAGUUCAUUGCCAAAAAACUUAAUCUUUCUUCUUUUAAUGAGCUGGACAUAUUAUGCAAUGAAGAGAUUCUUGGCAAGGACCACACACUCAAGUUUGUAGUUGUUACUAGAUGGAGAUUUAAGAAAGCACCUCUACUGCUACAUUACAGACCCAAAAUGGACUUGCUGUAAGAGAACUUUAUUGUCCUUCUGGACAGAGUUUUUUGCAGAGACUAUCAUCUGGCACCUUCUUAGUGCAUCACUAAUCACAUGACACAAACCAGCCGAAUAAUUUUGGAAGACUGUAGUACUUUCAUAGCGGACUGUCCUUCUGAAUAUUUCUCCUAGGGAUGUGUUACCUAGAUUUCUGGACAGAAAAUAUUUAUACUUAUUUUGUACGAAAGAAAGAAAUUGCAACUCAACAAGACACUACCAGCACUAAGUUUACAGAUACUGAAAACACUUCACAGUUCCAUGUAGCUCAGCCUGAUUCAUCUUUUACAGUUACACAGAAAUAAGUUAGAAUGUUGUGGGGUGAUUUUAAAAUGUUGCUUUUGACACCAAGUUGCAUUUAGUUACUUCUCACAUUCUGAAUAUUUAAAAAUUAUAUUUUUGCAAAGUGUUCUUGUGUUAUAUAGUAUGCCUGAUUGCAUUGGCUUUAAUCAAGUUGUUCUGUAGAUCAUUGAACAUAACUAAUGAUAUAUAGUGACUGGUGAUAUUUAUUAUGCUGCAUUGAAAACUGAAAAUCUGGGAAACCAAUGAGUUUGUUAGUUUUGCCCAAUUGUUGCUUUCCCCCACUUUCUGUUUUGGUAAAGUCUUGAUGCCCCUUUUGCAUGUUGAUUUGGUAAGAUUAAUAACAGUCACUGCAGUUGAUUUUUAAUGUGCCCUGAUAUUUUGCCAUGGCAUUACAUCAUGACAAGUACUCAAAAGUGCUAGAUUUGUGAACUUUAAAAUAUAUAUAUAAAUACAUAUUUCUUAUUCAGCUAUGGCUUGCAGAAAUCAGUUUUUACUUUAGAGAGAAUUUGUUGUCAUUGACUGUUGAAACCCUGGCUCUUGAACAACAUUGGGUGAUAUUGCACAAUUUUUAGUGAUUAAAAAUUACUUAGGUAAUUAAGAGCAGCUUUAUAUUUUAUGAACAGCUUUAUAUUUCCUUCACCUGUUUUCUUAUGAAACCAUACCUUUUUCUUCAGGACAAUUACUAGAUGUUUUGGGGGUCAGACAAGAUUAUUUUUGCACCUUCUGGCCUUAACUUAUAAUUUUACUUGCAUCAGCCAUAGUGGAUGCAAGGUGACAUAUAUGCUGUGUAUGUGUGUACAUAUCUAUACACAUAUAAACCUAUAUAUGUUAUGGAACGCACCCUCAAUAGCACUUAGCAGAGUUCGCUGCACUGUUUGUAAGGCUUUUUGUAAUUGUCGGCUUUUUAAAAACAGUAGUUGAAACUGAUUUCUGCAAGAUGUAUACUGUAUAGCAUGUAUAGUACAGAUGUGAGAGCAUUUGCGUGCCAGGGUGUAAGUUACUUAGAACUCCCAAUAUACAGUUUGCAUCUGGAAAUAGCUAACCUUCUAACUUUCAGAAGCAUUUUCCAGUCAGCUGAAAAUGCUAGCUGCUAUACCUAUUUUUUUUUUUUUUGAUAAACUGCCUUUGGAUAAGAAAGUAAGCCUGCUUGUAACUGCCCUGCUUUCUCUAUCUGUGCUCCUUCCCCUCUUCUGCAAGAAAGUAUUACUUGUUACCGAUAACAGGAAGCUGAUAUCGCAAGAGCUUUGUUAAGUAUUUUCAGUCAUCUUCCUCUUCUUGAGUUUUCAAAGCACCACAUUCCUCAGCAUAUCUCCUGCAUUUUCAUUCUAUGGAGUCUUCAGCUCUCCUUUCUUAGAUCUGCUGCUGCAGAAGGGAUGUUCCAAUUUUUGUUUAUCUUUGAAAACAGGGUUUUUCAGUUUUAUGUAUAGUCACAGAUGUGAAUGGGAAGGAAAUCAAAAGUUAUGCAAGCAGAGAAAGAACCGAAAUAUGGAGAUGGGACCCAAAUGAAGGCUAAAAAGAGCUGCUGUCCCUGCAAAUGAGGGCAUAAAGUAGCUAGAUCUGAAUGUCUGGUCAGCAUCCAGGCCUUGUGUGUGGGUGUGUGCAUGCACAUAGAGCGAUGGAAUUGGAACGUGGCUCUGGUUUUGUCUUACUGUUUCCAUACUUAUAUAUGUAUUUCAGCUUUCACCUGUAUUUAACAUUUAUUGAAUUGGUAGGGCAAAUGAGAUCUUGAGUCUACCUUUUUAUAAGCUUUUUAUGAAAACAGUGAAUGCAGGUGGUAUGGAUGCACAUGCAAACUGGCAUACUGGGCCUUUCUGGAGCUGUUCAUGUGGUUGUUACUGUCCUAGUGUAAAUAAGGGACUGGCUCUAGCCAGUGAAGCACUGAGAAUACUAACACGGCUAUAAGUAGCCGCCCUCUGUACACCCUGAAUGUACAGAUACUGGCUGUACCUGACGUAGACAUAGAAUUAAAUCCCCUAGACAGCAUCCUGAUUAAGAUAGUUUUUGUGUGUGUUUAUAUGUGUGCACAAAUGUGCGCACACACACACACUUGUGCGUGAGAUCUGUCUACCUCAGAAUGAGUGUACUGCAGAAAUAUUUUGUACAUCCAGACAUUGAUGCAGUGCUGUUAAAGUAUGUUAGGAUUUUAGCACUUUCCACUGUGUAGUUGUACAACUGAGGACUCAGUAGCAAACAAGCAAAUUCAUAAGCCUUUCCAAUCUAUCGUUUUCUGUAAAAAAAAAAAAAAUUAAAUAAAUAAAUAAAUAAAAAAUCUGUAGUACAGAACAUAUAUUUGGAAGUUUUUAGCCCUCUUUAGAAUCACUUGAAUUUAUUAUGGUGCUAUCAAUAUGUUGAAAACUCUGUUGAUACCUAUGUAGACAGGUAAAUUCAAGCCAGUAUUAAUAUCUAUAAAUGUUUGGGAGUUUUUUCCUCAGAAUUGUGUGCAACUGCUUUUGCAAUGUGUUUAGUCUGAUAAAACCUCAUCAGUGAAAAGAAAAGAAAAAAAAAGAAACCCCUGUUAUUUUUCUAAAUCAUAUGUCAUAGUGUCUUUGGUAUAGAAACUCUUUCCCUCAGGAGGGGUGUGAUUGUGUCUGGACCAUGUAUUUAUUUACUCUAGCCUUACUAAAAGACUACAAUGCAAUUGAAUUGAACUGAGAGGGAGGCCUCCUUUGGGUCAGAGCUCUGUUUCACUUCUGUGAAGCUUAGGAGACAGUUAAUUUAUAUCAAGAUUAUAUUGGGUAGAAUAACCCUGAUUCUGUUCAAAGUUGAACUGAAAGUUGGACUCAGCAUAGAUAUCUCUGUCCUAGCGAGAUCCUGUUCAGUUUAUUUUGGAUUUCUUUGAAGAUGGCAUUACUGUGAAGUAGUUUUCACAAUUGCUUACGCUGGUAAAUAAUUACAGUAAAGAAGUAUCUUGUUACGUUAUCCUCAGCAGCAAUGAGACUGAUGAAUCACCCAGGGUCAGAGUCUCAUUAAAUAUAGUUUCAUUAAAAACAGAGAAUUCAGAUAGAAUAUAUAAUAUUGAAUUUAAAUAAGAUUUGGGGUUUUAAAAAUUAACUUUAUAAAAUUAUUUAUUCUAUUUUAAACCUUCUGUCUUAUUUUACCAUCCAAGUAUUUUUGGUUUCAAUGGUCCAACUUUAUUUACGGGCAUAUAAAAUGAAAUUGUAAGAUGUUUUUACAAGCUUCUUCCUUUUACAUUAAGUAGCUUUUAUUUGUAUGUUUUUGUUUUGUAUGGAUAAAGAGCAUUACUUAUGUUUUUGUGCAAUAGGUUUGAAACAUGCAUUUAUUAGGCAUAUGUUUAAAUUGUAAAUGUAGCAUCUACUUACCGUUAAACUUUAAAAGGACUGUAGAUGGCAUUUUUGAUUUGUUCAAAUGGGGUUUUAUUUGGGGCUGUUACUUGGGGAUGUUGUUUUUGAUCUUUCUUUAUUUUAAGAGUGGAGUGUGGGAUAUAAAUUUGUGUAAGUACAAGAACUAUCUGUCAGCAAUAUUCUAAAAUAAAUGAUCUUGCAAGAAACCUUAAUGUGAAUUGUGGAAGCAAUCGGCAAGACUUGCAGCCUAUCUGAAAAUGUUUUGUGCCAUUGUUAUGUCUGGUAUUUUUGUAUACCAUCAAACCUGGGAAUAUUUAUUUUUAUUGGUUGUGCAAUAGUGUACACAACACUAUCACUUCUGGGGAUAUGGGACCAUAAAAAAAAUAUCAGA